UAACGUGGGAAAAUAUGCAGUACUAUUUGGGAUAGUAAAUACACAUCUGAGAAAAAAAUAAUGAUCCUGCUGCCACGUGACUGGAAUAAGUCCGCGAGUCUGGAUAUGUUUUGAUAUUUUGAAGUAGGCACCGUUUAAAAUUUCCCACACCGUUUUAGUUUACCACAUUUAUUUACAAGUAAUGUAUUUUAUUAUUCACUGAUAGAAUACGUGUGAACACUCUUCUUCAGGCACUGCAGAUCGAUGUGCAGUAACUUGAAAAAAAAAAAAAAAAAAAAAAAAGUAGGCCAUUUAUCCAAACUGACUCAUUUCAGCUUUACCUAUUGGUUUGGUCGUGGCCGCAUUGCUCUCCAAGUGAAGGUGCCUGAUCUGUUUCCACGGCACUGAAGAGGCGCAACGCGAUUGGCUGCGUGCACGUAGUAUGUGCGCGCCGCCCAGAAGCCGUGCUCUCUUCAGCACCGCUGAUAGUGAUUGAAAGGUAAGCGCAGCCCUCUCUGGGGAAACAUGUAACACCCACAAAAUAAAAUUAAGAGACUCAUCUAAGCGGCGUGGACCAGGCUGCGUCUUGCUGUGUGUGUUACAGAAUUACAACAGACUCUCUCAAAGUUGAUCGUGUCUUCCAAAUCAUCCCACAGGUGUCAUCCUUCCACUCAGUGCCAUGUCCACCGCGAGUAGUCCUGACGGUGUUGUGACACCUGCACCUUGCCAACCCUGCUCCUCGGUGGAGAGCAGCGGAUACGUUGAGCCCGACUCAGACCCCGGGUUGCUCCCGGUGACGCGGUCCGCCCUGCUGGCCCGGCGUAUCGUCCGUUUGCGGGCCUGCAGCGGCCACUUAAGCCCCGUCACACGCCGCAAGAGGGAGAUGACCCCCUCCGACAAGAAAGACGCAACCUACUGGGACAAGAGGCGCAAGAACAACGAGGCUGCGAAGCGGUCCAGGGAGAAGAGGAGGCUGAACGACCUGAUGAUGGAGGGCCACUUGUUGGCUCUGAGUGAGGAGAACGCCCAGCUUCGGGCGCAGAUGCUCAACUUGCAGUAUCACAGCCUGGCUGUAGAUAAAAGCAAACCCGUCUCUCCUUGUGCAACAUCAACUGCGUCUGUACUGGCCUCCGCUUUGUCCUUAUCCUCUAUGCCGGCUCACCCCUCUGCUCUGUUCCAGGCCGGACUCUGGGGAAACGGCAGGAGGCAGCAGGAGACAGGCAUGCACAGGUUUGAGGCCUCGAUCCCCUGUUCCACCGCCAAUAUCGGCGUCUUUAACGCACACCAUAAGUGUGAAACGCAGCAGGGCGCCUUCCCCUUUUCUGGAUCCCGUGUCCUGACUGCCCGAGAGGCUUUGGGGGGCAGGAGGUCAGCGGAGGCUGAGAUGGAAGCCCAGCGGCAGGUCUCCUCCAGCGAUGACAUCCCCAUCUCCACCGACGCGCCUUCCCAGCAUCUCUCCUCACUCCCGGCGUUUCUGUCCGCACCUGACAGCAUCCACCAUGCCUCCACCCUGUCGUAUCCCCCUCAAAACUGGCUGGUGCCCCACCUGAAUCACUCGGCAGUAUGUAAUAAUCUCCUGCUGCCCUGGCGGUCCCCCUACCUGACUCCCCCGGCGGUCUACCCCAGCCUGCCUCUCCACAUACAGCGCAGACAGGAGCAGGGUCUCGGGAUGGAGACCCACAUUCACAGGGGAUUCAAGAGUCGGUUCAGUGGAGCUCCCCCAGGACUGUCUCAGCUCGGAAUGCAUCUCAGUCCUGAUGGACGCUGACGGGACAGCGGGACUGUCGAUGUAUUAUGUAUAUAAUACAAGUAGAAUCAAAUGAAGCGUUGUAGUGCUGCAGUCUCAUUUUUGAAUGUAAUAUUUGUAAAAGUUAAUUACAGCUGUGGAUAUUUUGGCAUCAUGAUUGCUGUGGAUAAAAUGUAAAACAGAAAUGAGUGAAAAGCGUUAGUGAUGAUGCAAAGGACAGACCUCUAUGUAAUGGCAACGGUACAUAUAUUUCAUAAAAAAUAUAUCUGAUGUAAAGAUGAAAGCUGAAUACAUUCUCCUAGUUUCUGUGGUUAUAUUUGUGUUUCGAUUAAAAGGAAACAGUGUAUACACAAAAGAGCCACAAAUCAUGUUAAACUAUCGGCAUCCAUC